AUGAGCAACCCCAGGCUGCAGUCGCUGUUCUUCGUCACCGUCCCAGACUUGCGGAGCCUCUGUGCCGUCAGGGUGACACUGCGCCCCCUGGGGGCAGACGCCGCGGUCAGGAGCACGCAGCUGAAGGUGUGCAGGCAACUGCUGUUGUUACACCAAGAUAUUCUUGCAUCGCCUAUACCUGGAAUUUUUAGCCAAAUUUGGGUGGUGAUGGCGAUACCAUUUUAUAAAGCUGGGAAGCUUAAUGCCUAUCUUGAAAAAUAUGGAGCUAAGGCAGAGGCGCCACAAAGGGUCAUUCCUGCAAUUCUUCAGAACUGCCUUUCGUACUCACUCACGGCCAGACUCGCCCCAGCCUGGAACAAGACUGGCCAUCUCCUGGUGCAAGGAAGAGAGUUUCUUUCUCAGAUGGGAAAGCAAAAUGCUGUUGUAUUAGCCAUCAAUGUAACAGAAACUCAAGUUUGUCUGAGCAUAGAAGCUUACACAAUCAGACUGCCGCCACCUGAGCUACAAGAAUUCGGUAUUUCUCAAAGUGUUAUAAAGGACUUCGAAAGUCACAAGAGUGCCGUCAUUGAGGGACACUCGAUUUUAAGCGGCGAGUGCUACGUUCUGCCAAGCAUGAAAAGGGGACAGAUCCUCAGCGUUCUUCGUGCCGCGCCUCCCGACUGCCCCUUUCACGCGUACGCAGACUUCCAGACGCACUGGGAGGACCUGUACGGCUACCAGCUUCCAGAAGCCCCCGGAGGGGCCGAAGUGUACUGCAGCGUCCACUUCCUGAUGCCGGGCGGGAGGGCCUUCACCUACCCGCUGUGCUGCGUCAGAAGUCAGCCCGUGCAGUUCUUCCCGAGGGUGGAUUUGGACGGUGUGCUGAAAAGUUUUCUUUCCGACGUGAAGUCCAGACUGCCUCACAUCUGUGGAUUUCCCAUUAAGAUGACGACGAAGUCGUGCUACUGCACACAGGAACUGACUACGCCACGUGUGCAGGAAAACAGAAUCAAGCCACCCAACCUGACCUCAAAACAAACGUUCCAGUGCUCUCUGACUCGGGCCCCUUCCACGGGACCCCCCCUGGCUCAACACCUCCCACCGCGUUCAGUAGCCGCGGACCGCAAGGUGGAGCUUCGGGUCAGCCAGCAGGGGCCCUGCCGGCCCGUGGCCCCGCCUCUCCAGCCAGACCCUGCCCGGAGCAGAGGGACCGCCCUGUCCGACCAGGCGCCGUGCAGACGUCUGGAAGCACUGCAGCCCACCAGAGGAGGCGCUCAAGUUCAAGACACAAAUUUCAGCUCCCGGAGUAACGUGGCCCCGAAACUCACCCCAGUCUUCAGAAAUCGGCCAGUGCCGAUGAACAAAAAGGACUUGGAGCCCGGCAGCCUGAGAGGACAACAACUCAUCACGUACCCAGAAGCAAAACCGACGUUAGAAUCUAAGCUGUUUUUGCCUAAAACCAAUGUGAUCCAGAAUGACAAGCCCGAUUUAGACCCAGCCAUCACAAAAAGAUUUAAUCCUAACCCUCAGAUGAGGGCUUGGAAUUUAAAGCAGAAGGCUUCUGGAUCUCUGCGAGAAGAAAGGACCGAGCCCUGUGACGAUGGGACAAAACACCCCCCUCUCGGCGGACAGUCGUCCGCUGCGGGGGCCAGUGGGAGCUGGCCCCGCGCUGGCCGCUCGGGACUUCGGACGCCGGAGGAGGACUCAGGUGUGGUGGUGAGGAGUGCCGCCGACGGCCGGGGGAGCCAGGGGGCCGUCUUAACACGCACGUGCACGGCGCAAAUUCUAGGGAAGGGACACGAGUCCCUGAAAGGGAAAAGACCACACAUUUUUGGAUCCGACACGGAAAUGGAAGAUGCCCAACUAUUGCAGCAUCGGUCAGUAAACCCAGCCAGAGAGAGUGAUGUCAGUGACCGCGGGCUGGUCGCGAGUGAGACAGCCCACAGGCUCGGAGGAGGAGGCCUGCGUCAGGGGUCUUCGGAGACGGCAAGGCAGCCCGGCGCCGGGGACACCGGUCAGCGACGACCCCGGGCCCCCGGGAGCCAGAUACAGGGCUUGCACAAAUCAAAACCCAAGAGGCCUCUCCUCAUCCCGUGGGCUUACAGAAUGUAUGCAAAAACAGGGAAUACCCAUCAGGGAGAGCGACUCGGAGCGGCUGACGGGCGCGCGCACACCCCGGCGGACGGGAGUUAG